AUGCCCGCCGACCGCCGCCCGCCAGGGAGCGUCGGGGCAGCCGGGCCCCGUCCCCACCCCCGCGCUGCCAUGGGAACGGCUGUCGGCCGCAAAGAACGUGCGGAGUACAGCGAGGACGACGUGAGCGAGCUGGUGCGGGAGGAGGCGGCGGACAGCCCGCGGCCGCCCCGCGGUAGGAGGAGCCCCCGCCGCCCCGCCAGCAGGAAGAGGAAGAAAGGAGGUCUCUUGCUGGAGCCAGAUGACAAAGAGGAAGAAAAGGCUCAGCAGAAUGAAGAGGAGGAGGAGGAGGAAGUAGAUAAUGUAGAGCAGGUGGAAAGAAACAGAGAAGAAGAAGAAAAAAAGAAAGAGGAUGCUCUUUGGGCCAGUUUCCUUAGUGAUGUGGGACAGAAACCCAAAGCGGUGGCUGCCACACAAGUGAUGCAAACUAAAAAGGGUGAAGAAGAGAAGAGUGGGAACAAGCUUCAGGAGAAACCAAAAGAGUCUGAGAAGCCAAAAGAUUCAGGAAAAGUGACAAUCACCAAAGUGUUCGAUUUCGCUGGUGAGGAAGUCAGAGUGACUAAAGAAGUGGACUCAACCUCAAAAGAAGCUAAAUCCUUUCUGAGGCAGCAAGAGAAAUGGCAGUCGGCAGCUCCAGCUUCCCUCCCAACAGUCUCUGGGGUGAGGAGGCCAAGCGGUAUGAGCACUCUUCUGGGGAAGAUUGGCUCCAAAAAGCAGAAGAUGAGCACACUGGAGAAAUCUAAACUGGACUGGGAGAACUUCAAGGAGGAGGAGGGGAUUGUGGAGGAGCUGGCAAUCCAUAACCGAGGGAAAGACGGGUACAUCGAGAGGAAAGCAUUCCUGGAGCGCGUGGAUCACAGGCAGUUUGAAAUCGAACGUGACAUCAGACUGAGCAGGAUGAAGCCCUGAUGUGCCGGGGGUGGCCACGGGGGACCCUGCUCCCUUCUGUGCCUGAGCACUGGCUGGGGGCUGCCAGCCACCGCCCGACCACCAAGCACGGAAACCGUUCUCUACCCAAGACUCAGCCUGUAUGUCUCAAUGUACAGGUUUUUCCUUUUACUGUAAUAGUUUGGGGAGGGUAUUUGUCAGUGGGCAGGGGGCUCUUCGAGGGUUAAAUGGCCCAGCAGGUGACAGAAGGGACUGGUGUGAUUCUGGCAGGCAGCUUUCCAAGGAGAAGAGAUGGUGGCACCCAUCCUUUGCCAACCCCAGGUGCUUCUGGCAGCAGGAGGAGCCGCCAAAGCUGGGAGAGUGCUGGAGCCUGGGUUAAGGCUCGGCUGGCAUUUUUGGUUGUGAGAACGGAGCUGCAGGAAGGUUUUGUGGCUGCUGUGCGUGUGCAAGCUGUGGGCUGGAGCCCUUCUCCCCACUCUGCCAGCCCCUCAGUGCUCCUUGCCCCUCUGCGUUGUGCUCUUGCCCAGACAAAGCUGAACUGUCUGUACUUGUUUGUGGGGUCUGAUGAUGCUGGGGGGGGGUUUAGGCAAGCCGAUGAAGAAAUCCUUCCUUGUUCGUGCUCUCAAGAAGAUGGGAGCAGCUGCAGCAGGCAGGACAGGCCAGGAUCUGAGUGUUCACGUGAAUAAAGUAUUCCAUCCCAA